AUGGCUACUAAACGCCAUGAUAAGGUAUAUGCCUUGCUUAGCAUGAGUUCUGAUAAUCUCAACCCAACUGGCUUGUCGCCUGACUAUACGGUUCCAUGGGCGAUACUCCUGAAGCGACUUGUUAAAUCAGUACUCUUCAAAGAGGUAUCUGUAGAGACUUGGGAGGACAAGGAGAUAGCAGUAAUUGAGAGCAAGGGUUAUGUCCUUGGUCAUGUAUCCUCAAUAGAUAUAGAUGUUGCUAGUGCUCGGUACGACAGACAGCACAUAAAUAUCGUUUUCAACAAUCAGCCAGGAUCUUUGCAGUACGAAAAAGAGUACGGCACUCGAUGGGCUCUCCAGGCUUCAGCAAAGUCUAUCCGACAAGGUGACCUCGUUUGCCUUCUACACGGGGCUUCAAAGCCAGCUAUCAUUAGAACAUGCAAGGACCAUUUUGCUAUUAUCGUCAUUGCAAUUACUUUACAACAACACGUACCAAGAGAAAGCGGAUAUGUUGAGUCUCUACAACCCUUGCCUUCGAUGCAGAAAUUCCCACGUGACUUUCUACUUAUCUGGAACUGGGGAAAGAGCUUGGAGAACUUGCAAGGUCAAGUAGGAUAUGAAGAUACAAUGGAGAUAAAUACUUUGGUACCAGAAUAUCUAAAGACGGAUACAAACAAAGCUGUUAGAUCAAUUAAUAUAGCACUAACUUUGGGAGAUACAAAAAACUACAAAAACGCUGAAAAUAUAAUCCAAAAAGGGAUAAAGAACUAUGAGGGAGUGUUGGGAAGAGGGAAUCUAUAUAUCCUAGCAUUAAAAGAAAGCCUUACAUGGAUAUACAAGAAUCAAGAGCAAUGGAGGGAAGCAGAGAAUCUCUUUUUACAAGUAAUACAAAUAAGAAAAGAUCUGCUGGGGAACUACCAUCAAGAUACGUUGAGCAGUAUGGCAAAUUUAUCGUUAAUAUAUAUGGAAGAACUUCACUCGGGGGUAGGAAUGAGAGAUAUUAUGAUAGGACUAGCGAAUUGA